UUUCCGUCAGUGUCGCGGUUUUCCCCGAUAACCUGGAUGUUUGGCUGAUAAUGCCUGUGUUUUUGUGGACUUUCGAGCGAAGUUUCCCUAUUUAAACGGUGGUUUAAUUUCGCCCUCGACGUCAGUCUCCAGCCGGAGUCACCGCGGAGCUCUGCUGCCGCUCCGCCUACUCGGACGGCGAGCCGCGGGCCACUUCCUGUCAGCGGGACGUGAUGAGACGCAGCCUGAGGCUGGACGAAGGCCUGCUGGACCGGAGUCUUCCUCCCUGCAGCUCCUCCUUCAGCCUGGGGGCGGGCGGGGGGUCCUGGAGGGGCAGCAGGAACCGGAGGUGCCACCGGCUGUCCUCCACCUCCUGCUCCGAGUCGCUGCUGCAGCCGCCCAUCUCCCACAAUCCCCUGCUGCAGGAGAGCCUGCAGAGCGACGCGUCGCUGCUCUCCUCGCUGCUGGACGACUCGUCCAUCCAGGAGAGCACGCUGAUCGACACCUUCUGGGGUCUGGACGCCGACGCUCAUCACAGAGAGGGCGGAGUCUUGGCAGAGGAAACCAGCGCUCUGAUUGGUCUGGGUGGCAGCUGUAGCAAACAGCCCCCCCACACCCACAGCCAUGUUUACCGCGGCGCCGCAGGAACGCCGGAACCCUCCGUCUACAGCCGAGACCGCAGCUGCAGGAGCAGGACAGGUCGGACCGGGGCCGACGCCUUCAGGUGGGUCUGGAGACGGUGGUGUCAUGUGACGGCCAACGCCCGGCUGACGGGGGCUCCUCUCAGACUCGUCCUGGUGUCUCUUCCUCUGCUGCUUCUCCUCAGUCUGUGCUGGUUCGGUCCAGACAGCAUCUCGUCGCUGCUUCCAGGACUCAACGUCUCGGCGUGGAGGACAGCCGUCUCAGACGUCCCUGGUUCGUCCACCACCGACAUUCUGCCUCCUCAGAACCAAUCAGGAGAGAGCGCUGUGGAGGCGGAGCUGAGGGCGGAGCUGAGGGCGGAGCUGAGGAAGGAGCAGAGGGAGGAGCAGCCCAGCAAGGAGGGACCUCCACCUGCAGGACCUUCUGCUCAGGGCGACCCCGAGCGUCUCCUCCGGGUGGAGCAGAGUCUGGCCUUGUUGUGGGCGGAGCAUAAACAGGGGGCGGAGCUCCAGCUCUACGACCAAUUAGAACCCUCCGGUGUGGGGGCGGGGCUUCAGCAGCAGCUGGAACAACAGCUGGAACAACAGCUGUCUGAGCUACGAGGACGACUGGAGGAGGAGAGACAAUGGAGGGAGCAGAUGCGGUGGCUGGACCUGCUGCACCAGAGGAGACAGACAUCUCGUCUGGACCAGCUGGAGCUGCAGCUGCAGGAGCUGGUGGCCCGGACCCAGGAUCUGCAGCGGACCCCCGAGGCCUCGUCCCCAGGAACCAACGCCGUCAGCGUCGGCGGAGACCCGCCGUCCCAUGAUGCCUUGCUCUCCGAGGUGUCUCGGCUGGAGGCGGCGGUGGGGACGGUCCGGCGGGACGUGGACGGUCUGGCCCGGUGUUGGGACGGACAGCUGAACAGGAUCCAGCAGAUGAUUUCGGAGCAGGUCUCUGCUCGGGUCCGGGAGGAGGUCCAGGCUCGGGUCCCCGGGAACCAGCUGCUGCCGGGCGUGAGCGAGGCCGACCUGCAGGAGGCGCUGGUGUCCCUGGAGCUCCGCCUCCUGCAGAACCUCAGCCUGCAGCGGCGCGGAGAGGACGUGGGCGGAGACGUGGGCGGAGCCCCCGACGGGACGGGCGGCGUCACCAGAGAGGACGUCCAGGAGAUGCUGUCGGAGUCUCUGCAGCGUUUCUCUGAGGACCGGACCGGCCUGGCGGACUACGCCCUGGAGUCUGGAGGCGGCAGCAUCCUCAGCACUCGCUGCUCCGAGACGUACGAGACCAAGGCGGCUCUGCUGAGCCUGCUGGGCGUCCCGCUGUGGUACUUCUCCCAGUCGCCCCGCGCCGUCAUCCAGCCCGACGUCCAGCCCGGGAACUGCUGGGCGUUCCGAGGCUCCACGGGUUUCCUGGUGAUCCGGUUGUCGUCCAGCGUGCUGCCCAGCGCCUUCACCCUGGAGCACCUGCCCCGCGCGCUGGCGCCCAGCGGGACGCUGCGCAGCGCGCCGCGGGACUUCCGCGUCUACGGGCUGCAGGAGGAGAACCAGGACCCGGGGACCCUGCUGGGGGCCUUCACCUACGACCAGGACGGGCCCGCGCUGCAGACCUUCCCCGCCGCCCAGGAGAACCGGCAGCCGUUCAGAUCAUCGAGGUCCAGGUCUCGUCCAAACUGGGGCCACCCCGACUACACCUGCAAUGUACCGGUUCCGGGUCCACGGCCGCCCGGCCCCCGCCGGACCGGGCCGGGCCCGUUCCUGGGGGGGCCAGUGAGGCCGGGGCCGCACCGGCCAAGCUUUUAUCUUUUUAUCAGGUCUGAGACGCAGACCGGGUUCUGUCCUGGUUCCUGGAGUCCGCCUGGGGGCAGGAACCCGGACCGGAGACUCUGGACCGAGACCAGGACCGGGACCUGCCGGGCUGCUGCUGCUGAGGGGCCGACCCGGGUCCAGGUUCUCACCCGACUCAAAACCCCCGAAGUUUGAUUGUUCCUGAGAGAUUUUAUUUAUAUAUAUAUAAUGUACAAAACUGUUUAAAUUUAAAGUUUGUGAUAAUAAAGAGUUUA